AUGGGCCUCCCAACCGUGCCUGGCCCGCUGCUGCCACUGGUGCUCCUGGCACUGUUGGUGGAUAUAUUCCCUUCAGGGGUCAUUGGACUGGUCCUGCACUCCAGGAACCGGGAGAAGAGAGACAGCCAGUGUCCCCAGGGAAAAUACAUCCACCCUCAAAACAGCUCCAUUUGCUGUACAAAGUGCCAUAAAGGGACCUACCUAUACAAUGACUGCCCAGCCCCAGGGCAGGACACAGUCUGCAAGGAGUGUGAAAAGGGCACCUAUACUGCAGUCGAGAACUUCCUCAAACAAUGCCUCCCCUGCUCCAAAUGCCGGAAAGAAAUGGACCAGGUGGAGAUUUCUCCUUGCAUGGUAAACCAGAACACCGUGUGUGGCUGCAGGAAGAACCAGUACCAGGAGUCUUUGGAUGACAAUCUUUUCCGGUGCCGGGACUGCAGCCCCUGCCUCAACGGCACGGUGCACAUCUCCUGCAGUGCGAAGCAGAACACCGUGUGCAUUUGCCACGCAAAUUUCUUCCUAAAAGACAACAAGUGCAUCUCCUGUGAUAAUUGUGAGAAAAACUCGGAGUGCACGAAGUUGUGCCCAUACACAGAUAACCUGGUUACUCAGAGGCCUCCGGACUCAGUGCUGUUGUCCCUGGUGAUCUUCCUUGGUUUCUGUCUUUUAUGCCUCCUCUUCAUGGGCUUAACAUGCCACUUCAAACGGUGGAAGCCCAAGCUCCAGUCCAUCGUUUGUGGGAAAUCGACACCUGUAAAGGAGCGGGUGCCACCGGAGCUCCUGGCCUCCGCCCCAGGCUUCAGUCCCACCACAGGCUUCAGUCCCGUCCCCAGCUCCAUGCCAAGCCUCACCUCCACCCCUGCUGAGUGGUCCGACUUCAGAGCUGUACCGCCGCCACCCAGAGAGAUGGCCCCAUCCCACCAGGGGGCCGGCCCUCUGCUCACCGCGACUCCAGCCUCCACCCCCAGCGCCACCCUGCUUUCCAAUUGGGAGGGCAGCACCUACGCGCAGCGCCCAGAUGCGGACCCCGCGACGCUGUACGCCGUGGUGGACGGCGUGCCCCCGUCUCGCUGGAAGGAGUUCAUGCGGCGCCUGGGGCUGAGCGAGCACGAGAUCGAGCGGCUGGAGCUGCAGAACGGCCGCUGCCUGCGCGAGGCGCACUACAGCAUGCUGGCGGCCUGGCGGCAGCGCACGCCCCGGCGCGAGGCCACGCUGGAGCUGCUGAGCGUCGUGCUCCGCGACAUGGACCUGCUGGGCUGCCUGGAGGAGAUCCAGGCGGCGCUGUGCGGCCCCGCCUCCCACCCCCUGCAGCCCCACCCGUCCCGGUGA